GAUAUAAACACGUGUCAGAGCUUACAGCUGCAGCAAAAUUUGUCUGUUUUGCCGGAUAGCUCUGUUUAAAUUAGUACAAAGUGUAAAUCCUGUUUGUUAUAAAUAAUGAUUCCUAGUCGAACCGCGAUUUUGCAUCUUUAUCGGGAUUUAAUUCGAGAAAGCAAAAAAUGGAGCUCGUACAAUUACAGAAUGUAUGCUCUACGAAAGAUACGAUAUGAAUUCAAAGAGAGCAAAACAUUAACUGACGAAGAAAAAAUUAGGCAGUGUUAUGCAAAAGGGCAAGAGACACUGGCAAUGAUCAAGAAACAGGUCAUAUUAGGCAGUCUUUACAAUACUAGGCCACUAGUGAUUGAAACUAUAAGCAACUUACAUGAUGCAACGACAUAGAAUAUAAAAUAGUUUUAGUACUUAAAGUUGUAAUAUGGUUAUGCAUUUCAUUCAAAUUUGUAAAGAGAAAAUUUUUUAAGUCACAAUUGUAAAUUUUUAAAUUCGAAAUUUCUCAAAUUACAGCAUAUCCUUAAUUUAAUAUCCGUCAUGUCAAAUUUGAAUAUU